AUGUGGUUAACCAGCAUCAGGAUUGUUUUUCGCCUGCUAUUUUGCGCUGCUCUUGCAGCUACAGAGGACGUCAUCAAGCUUGAACCUUCAGCAAGUCCUCCCAAGGGUGUUUCUAUGCAGAUAGAUCCCGCAUUUGCAGGUUUCGGCAUAGAGCCCUCGAACCUAUUUUCAUUUAUGGGUGAAGAGAAAACAAACAAUGUCACCCUCAACCUCCUUAAUAACCUCGCAGGGUAUGCGGGAAAACCGCCUCAUAUUCGAAUCGGAGGGAAUACUCAGGACUAUAUGAUCUACAGGGAAAGUCAAAGUGAUUGGGCGUGGAAUAAGAAUCAAGCCCCGGCUGGACAGGGAGCCUUCAAGCCUGAUAGUAUGUUGAUCGGGCCUCGGUUUUUCGAAGCGGCAAACCGGUUCCCAAAAGGAGCCACCGUCACCUGGGGAUUAAAUUUAGCGUAUGAACAGAGCGAUUAUAUCGACCAGAUCACGACGAUGGCGAAACAAGUUCUUUCCAAAUGUUCAAAUCUGACCAUUACCUCAUUCGAGAUAGGUAACGAGCCAGAUCUGUACUUACAAAACGAAUUUCAGACCGGUAGCUGGGGAGGAAAAGUGUGCACCCAACAGUGGCUGGACAGAGCCUCCGCGAUAUACAAACAGGUCCUUCAGCCCCGCAACAUGACAAGUGACUUCUUCGAAGCCGCCGCUACCGCAUCCACAAUAGGGUACCCAGUAUCCCUAGAACACCUCGUGAAUCUCCACACAACCGAGGACCAAUUCGCAGCGUGGGCACAACAAGUCAGCCAAGCGCAGCAAACCUCAUACUCCUACGCAUUGCGCGAAAUGGGUGUCGUCGGGCCUAUCGGCUUGGAAGGUGUAACCGAUGUCUUCGGCGCCGCGAUCUGGACUUUGAAUUUCCUUCUCUACACCGCGAGUCUCAACAUCACUUCGAUCGGCUUCCACAUGACGGACAAUUCGAACGCCAGCGCGUGGCAGCCCAUCGCUAUGUACGGGCAACAACCGCACGUGCGACCACUCUACUAUGGUAUCGCGGCGUUCGACCAAGUAAUCGGAUCCUCCUGCCCUAGCCAAGUCUCCGUCGCGCAGCUCCAGCCCACGCAGAUCCCGUCUGGGUACCAAGAUUAUAUCAGAGCGUACCCGGUAUACGCAAACCAGACCCUCGCCUCGGUCGUCAUUAUCAACGGUAAAAUAGCCAACUCCACACAAGCACAGCGGGACACCACCACAGUCCAACUACAACUCCCCCCUUCCCUCGCCGGUAAAGCGUUAUAUCUUUCUUAUCUAUCGAACUCCGGCGCGGACGCGAAAUCGAAUACGACAUGGAACGGUCUAAGCUUCGAGCACGACCCCAACGGCACACCGAUGACGGUCGCGGAUAACGGACAUGCGAUUCAAGUUGCCAGUAUCGGGAUAGCCAGUAUUUCACUACGAGAUUCGGAAGCCGUAGUCGCGAAUAUCGGGAGCAAAAUCGGCGGUGCUGGUUCUUGUUCAGUGCAGUCACCCACAAGCGUUCCAAAUCAACCUACAUCCUCACCCUCUCCCUCGCCCUCAUCUACAGGCGCAGGAACCCCGAACACGAAAUCCGAAGCCAGACACGAUCACUGCGGACCCGCGACGGGCGCAGCGAUAGGUGUAUUUUCGAUGAGUAUCGCGCUGGUGUUCGGAGUGUUGAUGCUGCGGGGUAAAGGUCUGCUAGGUGUGUUGAGAAUUUUCACAACCAUGGCGUUUUUUUGCAUUUUGCUUUUUGGUACUACCUGA